AAGGUUAAUUUUAGUUCUUUUUUAGUGUUUUUAAAUUUAUUUUUGAUGGAUACUUCAAAACUUUUACUUUGUUACAACAAAGGAUGUGGAGCUAAAUUUAAUCCUGAUGAAAAUAAAGAAGAUUCUUGCAUUUUCCACCCUGGGCCGCCCUAUUUUCAUGAUGCUUACAAAAUUUGGAAGUGUUGCAAUAAAAAAAGCACAGAUUUUAGCACUUGGCUGAGUUUUGAAGGAUGUACUCGUGGACCUCAUAAUCCUGAUAAACCUUGCAAUGAUGUUCCUAAAGUUUUGCCGUCACAGUCUGAAGUUGAAGAAAAGAUGAUCGUCUGGAAUGGAUUGAACAAACCGGCUGAACGAUCAAAAGCUGAAAAUCGAGAAAGAGUACAAAUUUCAGUGCAAAUGACAGAGAGUUCCCGGAAAGCGUUAGAAAAUGAAUUACAACGAAGGAAAGAAAAUGUUGAAAUAAUCGAUGAAAUUCAAAAUUUAAAGCUUUUGAUUGGGACUGGAUGUAUUAAUAAUGCUUGCAAAGCGACUUAUACUGGGCCCGAAACAGAUUUACAAGAAUGUUUACACCAUCCAGGCAAUGCAAUAUUCCAUGAGGGAAUGAAAUAUUGGUCUUGUUGUGAGCGCAAAACUACCGAUUUUGGAGCUUUUCUUGAUCAACAGGGAUGUUCUAGAGGAAAGCAUUGUUGGACUAAAGUUUGUUUUAUAAAACUUUUGGGAGUGGGAAUUUUUUUAUUUUUAGAGGGUCUUUAAUUUAUUUAACUUUGAACAGUAAUUGCUGUCAAGAAAUCCUGUCGGCAAAAAAAUCAUUUUUUGACAUUUCCAUUCUAAAAUUCUGGGCAUUUAUCG